AUGUCCCUCUUCACCAUCCCCAUCCCCCCGCUGGGCACCGCAUAUCCCGGCGGCGCCAUCACAUGCACGACGCCCGCGCCCAAGGUCUACCUGCUCACCUUUUCCUCGCCGCCCGACAACCGCCUGACGACGCCCGUCCUCAAAGCCCUCCUGUCCGCGCUCGACGUCCUCGAGUUUGGCGGCUACGCGCCCGGCGUCGUCGUCACCACGAGCGGCAUCCAAAAGUUCUACUCCAACGGCCUGGAUCUCGCCCACGCCGUCGAGACCGAGGGCUACUGGGCGCUGCUCUACUCGGUCUGGGCGCGCUUUCUGACGUUCCCCAUGACCACCGUCGCCUGGAUGAACGGCCAUGCCUUUGCGGGUGGCCUCAUGCUGGCCACGAGCCACGACUAUCGCCUCGCGCCCUCGCCACGCGGCUUUCUCUGCCUCAACGAGCUGCUCUUUGGCGCGCCCCUCAGGCCCGCCAUGGCCGCCAUCUUUCGCCACAAGCUCCCGUCGGACACGUACAGGACCCUCGUGCUCGAGGCAAAGCGCUUCAAUGCCGACGAGGCGCUGGCCGCUGGCAUCGUCGACGGCGUCGCGACGGGGCUGGACGACGUGCUGGGCUUUAUUGCGCAGAAGGAGUUGACGGAGAAACCCAAGUCAGGUGUCUACGGUACCCUCAAGGGUGAGAUGUACAAGGAUCUCCUGCAGAUGCUCUCGGGGCCAGGCUUGGAGGCAGAGGAGGCGCGGUUCGAUGCCGAUCAGGCCCGCAACGCGGAGAGAAAGGAGUUUGGCAGGGUCUGGUAUGAGCAGUGGAAGAAGGAGGACAAGGCCAAGUUGUGA